UGCGCAGACUCAGCAGCUCUUCGUCACAUCCUCACCAUCAUCAGGGUUCUCCGACAGACUGCGCGGAUUUAGCCGAUUUAUUUAUUUAAUAACUGAUUAUAUAACACUCCGCCACUUAAGACGCACUCUGGCACGAGCUGAUCGUCCGCAACCUACCAACCUGACCCGACAGCGCUGACCUGGAUAACUCUGGACCUGAAGCAGAAGACAGACGACAGAGUCAGCAGAACAGCCUCCCUCUUCCUCCCUCGUCCUCCUCACCCCUGUCUCUUGUGACAUGGCGGACCCCAGCCUCACGUCGCCCUCCAGGACCCCGCUGCGCUCCCCCAACGCCUCCCUCACCCUCUCCUUCCCCUUCCUGAGGGAGAGGAGCCGGGUUUGGGAGGACGGGAAAGAUCACCCGCUGCCUCGUGAUCUACCGAGCCCGCUGCCGACCAAACGCAACCGCACCUACUCAGCUACGGUACGCGCUCAAUCAAGUCCGGUGUUUAAAGGCAUCUGUAAGAACUUCUCCAGGUCACAAGGUCACGGCUUCCUGCGACCCUCCCACGGCGGAGAGGACAUCUUUGUUCACAUCUCAGACAUCGAGGGAGAGUACGUCCCGGUGGAGGGAGACGAGGUCAGGUACAAAGUGAGCCGAGUGCCGCCCAAGAACCUGAAGGUGCAGGCGGUGGAGGUGAAGAUCGUGCACCUGAACCCCGGCACCAAACACGAGACCUGGUCCGGCCAGAUCAUCAGCUCGUAGACCCCCAAAACCCUGGGCGCUUAUGGGUAGUGGGAGGGGGCGUCGACCUGUUGUAGGACUGAUAUUUGACAUCUCAUUAUUUCUUUAAAAACAUGCUUUACCUACACAGCAUCAGUCCAGAUGUAAUGACAUGGUGUAGAUGGCUGUCUUCUACUCUGCUGAAUUUGCUGUAUGUAAAACUGACCAUUUUAGGAACAUGUUUUAUUUAUUUAUUUCACCCAAAACAAAAGAAAGAAAGCAGCUGUGAGACAAUUUGUUGAACCCAGCUGAAUUCAGUUUCACUUCCCUUCUUUGCAGCUGUUAUGAACUUGUUUACUUCGCUGAAAAUGUCCAGGAUCACAUGAUGGGUGCAAGUGUUGGUCAGAUGACUUUAUCAUAAGUCAUACACAGUGCAGACAUUGUAAAGAUCAGGAUUUGAAUUGAAGAACAGAGAUUAUCGACCUAAGAGGAAGUUGUUUAGGGAAUUAAAGAGGAAGAGAAUCUAAUGAAAUCCCUAAGUAAAAGGUUCAGGACCCCCUUUUUUAGGCUUAUAGUCACCAGUUUAGAAAAUAAACUGAAUUUGAGGACAAAAGGACAUUUUUGAAAGGGAGCUGGUGAUGUGUUAAAGUGAAAGUAAGUUAGAAAUUCAGAAAAAGCAUGAAGGCAGACGAGGAAUCAGGAAAUCACGUUACAUCAAGCAUGGAUAUUUAAAACAUAUUUGACUGUGAAUGGAAAGCAAGUAUUUUCCUUACACAAUGCAUAUCUUUGAAUGUUUCGUUUGGUUUGUGGUUAUUUAUUUUUAUUUAUUUAUUCAGAUGUGUGUGUGUGUCCUCAGAUUGCGAGCUCUAAAAAGUUGCACUUACGAAAUUUGUCGAAAAACUGCCAGAAAAAACUACUCCAAAACAUUUGUCGUUCUGGUUUAAAAUGUUAGUUUUGAAAAACGUCUGCAGCCACGAACGAACAAAACGAUUUGUAAAUCUCUUUUUCUAUUAUCAGAAAAAAAAGACAUGUAUCUGUGUGUGAUUUAUUAAGCGUAUCGUCAGUGUGAUGGUGAACUACUCGACUCCAUAGGUGGUGCCAAAACAGAUCUUUGUCACAUAAAUGUGGUUCAGUCAGACAACUCACGUGUUUCUUAAUAUGUUUAUUAGAAGCAGCAUAUAGUUUGAGUUUGGCGUCAAGGCUCGGGCCUCAUCACUCCACAGAUUUACAAAGAACAUUGAGUGAUGAUUAGAUAACUAUCCCCCGAUCCUACAGGUGGAAGCUGGGGUGGUGGUGGUGCAGGCAAGUAGCAGCAACAUGAAACACAGCAGCAGGAACAUGAACGCAGCAAUAGCAAGUAGUGAACACAGCAGUGGCAGCAACAGCAUAGCGAGGCAGAGGCAGGAAGUAGAGCGGCAUGUUUAGGAGAAUGUGUUUGGUUGGUUGUAAGAGGGACGAGGUGCGUCACGUGUUAAUGUAUCAUUGGUGCUCGAGUUGACUGCCUGAACUAGCUCGCAGGCUUCGCCCCAUUUCUUAGUACUUCAGGUUUAGCUCGGUUAAGUACUGUUUGUCAUUUUCUAUAAUAUCUCUGUUCCAUAGAGUCUCUAUGCAUCUGUCACUGCCUGAAUCUGUUCAUCAUCACACUCUGUUUAUUUCCUCCGUCACGUUACAAAGGGCACUUUCUGUUGUGGACGAGCCACUGUGGUGCUGAUCACAGUGAGGACUUCUACUGAGCCUUGAACAAAAAAAACAUUAAAGCAUUUUAUGAUUCACA